AUGACGGCGCUCUUCUACGCGGCCUCGAGCGGACGCGUCCCGAUCGCCAUGAUGCUCGUCGAAGCUGGCGUCGACGUCAACAAGAGCACCUCGCUCGGCGAGUACCCGAUCUACAUUGCCGCCGCCAACGGCCACGCAGAAGUCGUCCAGAUCCUCGUGACGGCCAAGGCGAAUGUCAACAAGGUCAAGAAAGACGGCGACUCGGCGUUGUACAUUGCCGCGGCGAAUGGCCACACACGCAUCGUCGAGCUGCUUGUGGCGGCCAAAGCCGACGUCAACAAACCCAACAAGACGGGCGACCUGCCGAUCAAGAUGGCGGCGCAAGGCUGCCGAAAACACGACGCGUACGACGUGCAAUUGCUCCAAGAUGACCUCUCAAGCGCGCUCCGAGACCGAGACGCGUACCGCUUGCGGCUCAAGGAGGCGCUCACGGACACCAAGGCGCUGAAAGUCCAGCUCGCGCGGACGACGACGUUGCUCAAGAGCUGCGGCCACGUGUUGCAUGCCCACGGGUGCUCGCCGCACGCAAUUGCCGCGCUCGAAGCGUUGCUGGCCACGCCAUUGACGGCCAGCGCCGAUGCCGCCGUCAAAGUGGCGCACCUCUGCGCAUUCUGCGGCAAGGCGUUUGGCACACAAGACUACCUUUUGAAGCACCUCGAGCGCCGUCAUCCCGGUGGUACGGUCGAUGCAGCGUCGCCGGAAGCAGAGGAUGACCCGGCGGUCGUCUACGCCAAGCCAACCACGACGCGGAUCAAACCGUCGCUGCCCGACUACCAAGCCGUUCUGAGCAAGCUCGAGACCAUGCUCUCGCAGCACGAGGUGUCGAUUCGCGCGGUGGCGGCCGACGAGACGGCCAAGCUCAAGGCGAUGCAGACCGAGAUGCACCUCGAGAGCGGCAUCAAACCGAGCUGCACGUCGCACGCGCCGCUGUCAACGCUCGGUACCAUCUGGCUCACGGCUGGGCUGGACGACGCGCAGCGUCACUUGGCCCAGGUCUUGGAGGAACGCGAAGACGCCAUGAAACAACUGUUGGAUCUCAAAGACGAGAUUGCGCUUCUCCAACAAAAGCAAGCGAUGCAGCUGCCGCCGCCAACUCGGAUCGACGCCGUCGUGCCGGACGUCAAGGACCGGCUGACGAUUGAGCGGCUCGAGGCCAUCGUCGGGCACUCCAAGGACGCACUGGCCCUCGCGCGGGACGACUUGAAAACGACGCAUGACAAGUACGCCGACUUGCUCGUCACGCAUGAGCGCACCAAGUUCGAACUUGCGGCCGUCCAGAAAGACCUGCACGACGCGCGGCAACCGCCGAUGCCAGUCCCGACAGCGUCUGUCAUGUGCCAAACAAACACUGCAGCCGAUACAAAGGACGCGGUGGCGCAAACAAUCCUGGUUGUUGACGCACCUCCGCCCAAGGCGCAGGUCAUCGAAGCUGCGGUCGAGCCCGAGCCAACCGACGCCAUGGUAUAUCCAGCACCGCUAGUACCACAAGCGGCAUUUGAGCCAAAGCCCGUCGAGGUCGUGCCAGAGCCCGUCGCAUCCGAGCCGACACCACGUCCAAGCGCACGGCUUCCGCCCGAGCUCCUGGCCGUACACAUUGAUGCCGUUCUGGCGCAGAUCAUGGCCCGAGCCGAGAGACCGGGCGCGAUGACGUCCAAUCUCGCAUCGGAACACGUGCUGGCCCGUCGCCCGUUCCUGAAGAGCGCCUGGCCACAUGCUGCGACGGCCGUCGAGACGCGCAUGAAGCAGCACUUGGAGACGCUGGACCAUGUGUGCGAGCGCUAUGGUGUGAGUCGGGUAGCGACGAAGCUGAGUUCAUCGCAGCACGCGCUCGCGACGACGGCGCUUAAGGCGCACUUGCACGCGAUGCCGGUGGCCGUGCUGCAGAAGAUGGUGGCCGUCGACACGACGGCCGAGGCGCUCGUCACCUCCGAGUGGCUUCCGAACGAAGCGUCCCGGCAGGCAGCAUUAGCCGCGAUCCAGACGCGCAUGGACGAGCAAGACGCGACGCAAACCCACUGGGUCCAGCGUAUCCUCGAGAAGAAGACGGCGCCCGAUGACCCGCCGGCGACGACGACGACGACGCUGACAAAACAUUGGGAAGCGUGCUCAAAGACAACGAAGGCGUGA